CAGAGUCGUUGGUCAGUCAGUCGGGAGUUGUGCAGUCGGAAGCUUGGAACCUGAAAUCGUUGGUCCAGAAAUUUGUAGGGCGGUCUUGGAAUAGUGUUCCACAAAAGUGCUUAUAAAUUGCCAAACCCUUUUAGUAACUCAGAAGCGUGACUUUCGAGACUAGCGGCUGGUUCGAAAGUUUUGAAUACUCAAAAGAAGAUUUAUCCGAACAUUGCUCUAAAAGGAAAUCAUAAAGACCGCAAGAUGGCACUGGAGACAGAGACGGCGGCGGGAGCCAAAGAUCAGCAUCAGCGCGACCAUAUCGACGAGGAUGAAGUCAGCGAACUGCAGAAGACGCGCAGCUUCUACGAUCGGGUUCGCGAGCAGGCGGAGCGAUUUGCCAGCACGAAAAUUGGCCAAUUUGUGAUCGAACGUGCGGAUCGGGCCCUGGUUAUGAUCGAGGAUACGGCCAAGUGGAGUUUGCCGCAGGAGAAAUCUGGCACUCCCUUGGAACGACCUUUGCCAUGGGGUCCUUUUCUGCUGCUCAUCAUCCUGCUGCGACUCACUCGCAUUUGGUUGUCGUUGGGAGCCCUGAUGACCGGCAAUGGUCCCAUAUCCCCCUCCGACAUGGUCUACUUCAUUCAGACCCGACGACGCAAGCUGCGAGCCAUCCGAGCUCAUGGCCAGAAGGUCAUAAGGCACCGCCAGCAGGAGGUAUCGUACGGCAGUGGCAAGGGUCUGACCCAGAAGCUAACCCAGUGGUUUUCCCGGGCCAUGUGCCGUCCAGGAGUUCAGCAGGACAACAGCACUCGGCGGGUGUUUGUGCGCCACUCGGAGCAAGGUCUUACCAACUCCCCGGUCGUGAAGCGUCCGCGGGAGGAGGACUCCAAUGCCGAUCCCGAUCAUAACCUAACCAUUGACCAGAUGCUGGCCAAGUACGCCAACGAGAACUCCGAGGAUGACUCCGACUUUGUGCCCAACGAAGAGGAGGAUGGAAGCAGCAGCAGCACCAGCGAGGACAGCGAUUCCGAGACCCACUCCAGCGAGGGACUGAGCAGCGACGAGGUGGAGAAGCUUGUUGAGCAGGCCAAGCAGAAACCAGCUGGUGCGGUGGUGGAAAACGGAGUGCACAAGGCCGAGGAGAAGGAAAACGAUAAGGGCAAACUGAACGUAACGACAACCAGCAAUGGCAACAACGACAAGGAGCAGGCGGAAGUUGCAGCUGGCCAGCGGGAUGAGGAGUGGAAGUCUUCGCCAGGACACAUGAGUGCCGCCAUGAUGAACACCCGUCUGUACAAUAACGCCGCUGCUGCAGUAUUCUGUCUCUGUUUUGUUACUCCGUGCAUGUGUUCAAACACAACAGCCAGCACUGAUCCCGCGCCAAAAGCAGAGCCCGAAACCGAUCCUGAACCCCCAACCGAAAUCCCAUCCCAAUCCCAAACCGAAAAUGAAGAAUCCGACGAUGAAGAGGACGAUAGUUGCAGCACCAGUGGCAGCAGUCAAACCGGCAGCACAGUCCACCAAAGGGAUGUCGAAGUCAACGAGACCCAGCCAGAUCCCCAAGCCGCACAGAUCCUUGAGGCUGCCACACAACUAUCCAACUAUCCCACAGUCGACACCCUAACUCCUGCCACCUCCUCCGAAGACAUUUUCUAUAGCCCUAUCGGUUCACCCACUUGCUUCAAUACUAGCCUAGGAACCCAGGCUCUCCUCAAGAAAGCCAGCAUCCAAUCCGUCCUGGCCCACUCCACCCCCACAUCGGAGCCGAAAGAUCAACCCACUGAAAUGGUGAACACCUCAACUGCCCAAACACCAGAACCGGAGCCACCAAAACCCCAGAAAGAAGUGCAUCAGCAAAAUCAGCAACAGCCCCAGCGUCAGCGCAAUCAUUCCCACCAACGCUACCGUGGACGCAAUCGGCGCUAGACCCUGGAUAUAUCCAUGUCAUGUCGUUCCAUUUUCCGCCUAGCCAGCUAGCAUUUUCCUAUUUUUUUACAUUCCCAUAUUGUUAGUGAAUACUGCGAGUAAAUCUCUGAACUUAA